GUCACACACACAGGACUGUGAAUGGAGCACCCAGGAAUCCUCCUCUCUCGGGUGCUUUUGCGCAUCAGCAUCGUCCCCUCGGUUCCUUGAGGAAACUGCUUCACAUGAUCAUCUCUCCGACGCUGUGGACGCUGGAUCACGCGGAGUGCACUGAUCUGAGAGCAGCUUGGACUUCACUCACAUCGCCGCUGCAGCUGCUGUCUGGAGGACGACGCGCGGCUCAUCACCACCACCUUCAUCAUCUGGGGAGGUUUCCUGCAACAAUUUGUUGCAAACAUUGCGAAGGGCGAAGUCAUGGUGCCGGCACCGCCUUGGCUCCUCAUGGCACCGUGAGAACUUUCUUCCCGGCCCCGCUUCUCUCCAUCUUUUCUUUUUAGAUGUUUGUCAGUGGGAUCGAGCUCCUUUGGGGAAUCCUCCAUCGUUUCCCAUUUCAAUUAUGUUCACUUUUGCUGCCUUCUGCUACAUGCUGUCUCUGGUCCUCUGCGUGUCCCUGAUCUUCUUUGCAAUAUGGCACAUAACAGCUUUUGAUGAGCUCCAGACUGACUUCAAAGUGCCGAUUGAUCAGGGCAAUCCACUCCAUGCUAGGGAGAGACUGCGGAAUAUUGAGAGGAUCUGCAACCUGCUGAGGAAGUUGGUGCUACCGGAGUAUUCCAUCCAUGGGCUCUUCUGUAUCAUGUUCCUGUGUGCCCAGGAGUGGCUGACUGUGGGCCUCAACAUCCCCCUGCUCUUCUACAACACCUGGAGUAGGUACUUUCAUUCCCCAACGGACACUAAGGAGCUGCUCUACGACCCGGCGUCCGUGAUGAACGGCGACACACUCAAGUUCUGCUUGAAGGAGGCGUGGUGCAAGCUGUCCUUCUUCGUCCUCUCCUUCUUCUACUAUCUCUACUGUGUGUGGAACCUGGAAAUAUCCCUCUAAUAGGUCUUAUCAAUGGAAACACUUAAAGUAUGAUCUACUCCUUGGUUACCUCAUAACAACUGAUUUAUACUACAGAGAAAUAGAAAAGGCCUCUGGAGUCACCGACUGCCCUUUGUGUCAGUCUAGAAUUGAAAUGACAGGAAAUUUCAAAGAAAAGACAAUGAGAGAAACAUGUUUUGUGUUGUGAAGCCAAACGAUGAACACGUCGGGGCUGAAGCUCAUUUUCUGCUCUGCCCCUCGCCCCCAAAGAGGAAAGGACGUGCUUUACGCUCGACUGUACAUAAAAACUGAAGACUAAAUCUGCUGUUUACAGUCUGAUUGGUCAUAGCGAGACCCAAGUUAAUCACUGCCUGGCCAAUGUUUGUAUCACACACACACAUAAACACACACAUCCUCUGAGUGGUACCAUACUCACU